CAUCACAAGAAAGGAUCAGCUGUUCUAAUGUCAGUGCGGCGGUGUGAUUGAUGGUAAAUUGGGUUAUAUAUAAACCAGAUGUAAAGAUGUUACAAAACUCUUUAAAAUCAGCGGCCAGACUUUUCAAGUACCAAAAUGCUUGCGUCAUUCCUCAACGCCUUCAACAGACACAAGCCGCUGAAACCACACCUAAGCCAGAGCCUGAAGACAUUGCUGUCAUUGAGGAACGUAUAUUGAAGAACCGCGACUAUUUUCAAGUACACAAUCUUUUCACUGUUCGAGAUCUUUUCAAUGCUCGUGUUCACUAUGGACACAAAGAGGGUUCGCUAGACGCUCGUAUGCGUCCGUAUAUAUACGGCAGCCGCUUGGGACACUUAAUAUUUGAUUUGGAUGUGACGGCUUCACACCUACGUGAUGCUCUAAAUAUAGCGGCGCAUAUAGCUUUUCGUGAUGGUAUUAUCUUAUUCUUUAAUCGAAACGCUCUCAAUGCACAUCUAGUGGAGAAAAAAGCAAUGGAGGCUGGUGAAUUUUCGCACACACGCUUCUGGCGCGGUGGCAUCUUCACUAAUGCUAACGUACAGUUUGGCGCUGUGACCCGUUUACCAGAUUUGUGCAUCUUUCUAAAUACACAAAAUAACAUAUUGACGCAACACGUAGCAGUGCGUGAUGCAGCAAAAAUGGCCAUACCUACAAUUGGUAUUGUUGAUACUAACUGCAAUCCAAACUUAAUUACGUAUCCCGUGCCUGGAAAUGAUGAUUCGCCAGCUGCGGUAGAACUGUAUUGUAACCUCUUUAAAGCAGCAAUAUUGCUUGGCAAAGAAAAAAGACGAGAACUACUAGGAGAAACUGUCGAAAGUAAUAGUGCUAACACGGAGGCGAAAUCACAGCAACUAAACCAAACCGAAUAGAAAACUACUGUAUAUUAUCAAUACGUGUGUAGAAAUUGUUUUGAAGAGGAAUAAAAUUUAUAGAUGUUGUGUUUCACAAUGUUUGAUA